UAUUAUUUUAAUGGCUUAGUUAAGUUUGAACGGCAAAUUUGUAGGCGGCGUUAAAAUUUCCCUCACUGCCAAAUGGAGCUCUCGCACAAAGAACGUUCAGAAAUGAAGAAGCACAUCAAGAAAGUGCUUAGCGCUAAGGAAAAACCCUUCGAUGGGCUGCGCGCACGCACCGUUGUGCUGCUCACACAUAGAACUGACGGCGUCCAAACUUUCAUGAAAAUGACUCAUAAUCAGCUUUUGUACACCAAUCGCUUCACCGCUUGGAAAUAUUGCAAUCUAAUGCAUAAGGCAAUGCGUUUCGGUACACCGCAAAUACUCAAAAUGAUGCAGAGCUCACAACAGCGCCAAGAAAUUUAUAAUCUAGCCGAUUAUUGGGCACUACAAACGGAUGCGUUAGAUGUGUGCAUCGUGCAGUAUCUGAGGUUGUUACAAUGCAAAGCAUAUUUUCACUACAAUUAUACCUUCUUCAAUGGCGCAUUGGAGGCUGAAAUAACCAAGGAAUGGGAUGUGAAUUUAUGCUUUCAGCUAUGCACCGAUAUCUUUGAUUAUUUGGAUAAUUUGUUGUCGUUGCAGCAUUCCAUUUUCGCCGGUUUGACAUUGCAACAACUCUCUGCUAUAACACCUCAAAUACAAUGUCGGCUGCAACCGCUCAUCAAUGUUGCGGCAGAAUGCAGCAUUUUGUAUGAUCAAGCGGUGAAUGCGAUGGGAGCAGUUUGUGCCAAAUUGCCGCCUAUCGACGUAAUUGGUUUGCGUAAUCGUUUCAAUGCACUCUACCAGCAAUUGCAUGGAUUCUAUUGUGCAUUACAACAGGUGAAAAUUAUACUCAAAAUGGAAUAUGUGCCGGAGUUAUCUGCAGCUGUGCCGGAUUUCUAUGGAUAUAGCAACAGUUGUACUGUAUGCAGUAGUCAACCAACGGCGCCUCCGUUAGGGGAGUUGUAGUAGCGAUGGAAAUGCACAGGAGUUAGAGAGUAAGCAAGAGGGAAGUGAGAGAGCGCAUGAGAGGAGGAGCGAGAGAAAGAGAGAAGGAGAAGAAAAAAUUGGACAAAGCGCUUGCUGUGAUCAUUGUAAAUACAAUAUGUACUUGUAUAGUAGCAUUUAAAUUACUUUUUGUUUGAAACUUUGCUAAAACUUUAUUACCUAAAAUAUUCUUAAGAUAAAGCUAUGUCUACUUCUACAUGCCGUUUUAAUUUUUUGUGUUUACAAAUGUGUAUAUAUGUAUGUGUCCAUGCACAUAUGGAUAUUUAAUUCAUUCAUUUAGUAUAUCAAGAAAUAUAACGUUUCUUAUAGAACUAACAGUUUUUGUAAGAAUUAUAGGAGAUAUAUAUGUACUCGUUUUCUUACUACUUAAAAAAUUCAUUGAGUGACAAUUUGAACUUAUGUUUAGAUAGCGAUAGAUCAAAAGCCAAAGAAAUCUGGUUAAACUCAUGCAAUGGCCUAAUCAAAGGUGCCUUGGAGGCAUAAACAGUUCUAACCCACUUCAGAAAGAAUAAAUCAUUACU